AUGCAGAAUUUCAUUAACACCGUGAGCAACCUUCUGCCAUACCACCUCCUCUCUUAUGGUACCCUCCUGGACACAGAGAUCUUCCGGUUCAUCGCACUCCAAAAGCGCAUUUUCCCAGCCCAGUUCAAGUGCCAAGUAGGAUUGAUCAUCUUGACCGUCGCAACCCGUCCCCCCUGUAGCGUUAUCUCCUUCACAAAACAUGCGUGGGAUGCCAUUCCAUUGGUGAUUGUCGGCGUCACAGGCGGCUUGAAUUGGAUCACCUUCGGCCCGCGAACGACGACCGCGGCGGUUGUCCGGCGAACACUACAAGAACAAGCGAUUGGCGAAGAUAACCCGGAUCCCACGGACCCGGCCACGAUGCAUCAGGUAAAUCGGAAGUUCUCAGUGAAUCAUGCCAUGUCGAUCCAUCUGAAUGCGGUAGCGCUGGUCGCAACCGUUUGGUACGGGUUUUCGCUAGCUUCGAGUCUACUCUCUGGUUGUAGAUCUGUCGCUUAUCUGGUGGUUUGA